AACAGUCAGGCCCAGAUCGGCCAGGCCGGAAAAGGCCCAGUUUUUAUUCUGUAUCAGAGAAGCCCAAGUGGAGGAGGGACCGAGAAAAGCGGAAGAUGGCGAAGGCAUCGAGAUCUCUGCAGAGGAAGCGAGAGAAAAGAGACACUAAACCCAAAGGCACAGACAGAGAGGAAGAGAUUCCUCAACGAGGAAGGAAAAGAAAAGAAACAGAUAGAAGGAAAAUUGCUUUUCUUUCCUUUGCUUUGGAAAGGUCAGCAACCCAGCAUUUAGCAGGAAACCCAAACACCCUUUGACAUGGAAAUAUGAAAUAGCUUAUCUUUCUUUGUUUGCUUUUCUUUUACUCUAUCAGGGGUUACAUCUUACGUGUGUUUUCGCUUUCUUUUAUGGCUAAAGUGUAUACCCACAUGUGCAAACCUUACUAACAUGCUUCACUUUGCCUUAGUUAGGCUUUGUUUGGAUCUCAUCUAACUCGAAUCCAAUGCUUUAAGUGCUUUUACAUUUUCUUUGUUUUGGAGAGAUGGGGUUGAGAAUCGAGUCAACUAGUCUCGUGUACUUGGUUAGUUUUAGUUCACUCUUACCUUCUCUUCUAUAGUGUCAACGCCAAAAACAACUAAUUAAAAGGAGGGGGCCGAGAGGGGGAGCUAGCUAUAACCUAGGAAGCUUCCUACUCCCCUUCCUCUACUUAGCUCUGCUCUCUUUUUGCUCUUUUUGUUGGAUUUGUCAUUGUCACUUCUCUUUAAAUUCCAAAGAGAGAAUACCCAUCACACCACUACUAAGCCUGCUGCUUGUUUCUGUUUCAGUAUCAGUGUCAAAGUAUCACUCUCUUGUCUUGAUUCUUUCUACUCCUCCAUUCAGCUCUCACCAGGUAUGUUUUCUAGUUUCUUUCUUUCUUCUCUUCAAUGAUCUUUCCUUUUGUCUUCUUUCUUCAAUGUGGGGUGACUACUGCUGUUUUUAUUGUCUGUAUCUCAGUUGUAAUUUUGGGUGGUUGUUCUUUUUCUUUGAUGAUUUGUGCAUGAGGCUUUUGGGUUAAUUCAUAUGAUUCUCCUUGUUUAGCAAUCUUCUUUUCCCUGCUAUUGGUGAAAGAUUUGCCUUGUUUUUCUGCCAAACUGCAAGAUUUAGCUGCUUGAUGCUUGUUUUCUACUUGUUAGAAUGGAAUCUGUUACAAGAAUAUGAAUCUAGAGUGAAAAAAAAUUCCCUCAUUUACCCAUGAUAUUAUUUGCUCCUUUUUCCCUUCUUCCUUUCUCCUUUUUGUUGUUGAUGCCAAUUUCCUCGUGCCUUCUCCCCAUAAACAAAACAAAAAAAGUUGAUAUUUUCAAGUUCUUAUCCAUGGAACAACAUGAUUCCUGGGCUUCAGUGCCAAGUCGGAAAAGAAAGUUGCAAGAAGAAGAUGAGGGCAUGCUUAGCUUCUGCAUGGACGAACUCAAUCAAGACCUUCUUGAAGGGGUUCUUUCCUGGCUGCCAACCUCCUCAUUCUUUCGCCUUAGAUCAGUGUGCAAGAGAUGGAAAUCAGUAGCAGAUUCUGCAAGUUUCAAGCUUGCUUGCUCUGAGAUUCCUUCACGGGAUCCAUGGUUUUUUAUGGUUGAUCCCCACAUUAACAAAUGGACCAUCUUUGACUCUGCUGAAAGAAGGUGGAAUAAACUCAAUCAUCCACCUCUCCUCCAGCAAAGUUCUAACUCUGACUCCAUGCCUGUGGCGGCUUCUGGUGGCUUAGUCUGCUUCCGCAACGAAUCAGGCGAUUUAAUUGUAUGUAAUCCUGUGACAGGAUCCUGCCGCCAACUCCCUCCAGCUUAUGCAGCAACAGAAAAUAAAUCUUUGCAUGCCAUUGCUAUGAGUACAUGUUUUAAAAGUCAGCAGUCUUACAAACUUGUUCUGGUAUAUGGUGAACUGCCGAAACUGUCAUGCAAAGUUUAUAAUUCAAGUAACAAUUGUUGGGAAGAGGAGAUGUUAUUAAAAAGAAAGGUCGAUGAUUCUCAGGAACUCGAGUCAAAUGAUGACAAUGCUGUCUACUUUCUUAGCAAGGCUGGAAAUGUAGUGGCAACAGACAUGCAAAGAAGCCCAUCUAAGCAAUACUCGUCAAUUAUGACUAUUAAAGAUGAAGAGGAAAUUACCUAUUUCCUUAGCUCGUCCGGUACGAUUGUAGCUUGCAAUCUGACCCGCAAGUGCUUCUUUGAGUACCCCAGGCUAUUGCCUGUCUUUUAUGAAUACUCCAUUGAUGUGGUGGAGUGUAGAGGGGAAAUGCUAGUUGUUUUGCUCUCAGAAUUUUUCGGAAGUGCAAGCCUCAGGGUAUGGAGGUUUGAUGAAGAUAUUCGAUCCUGGCACCAGAUUGCAGCAAUGCCCCCAGCAAUGUCGCACGAGUUUUAUGGGAAGAAGGUGGACAUAAACUGUGUUGGAGCUGGUGACCAGAUAUUUAUCUGCUUAAACUCUGCUGAGUUCUUCAGUUAUAUUUUGUGUGAUUUGAGGAACAAUGAUUGGGUUGAAUUGCCUAAGUGCUUCAUGAAUGGUGAAGCUGUGGAGUUCAUGUCUGCCUUCUCAUUUGAGCCAAGGAUUGAGGCUUCUGUCUGAGAAUAGGAUUUAUUUUGCAGAUGAGAGUGUUAAUGCUUGUAAUUGCUAUUUGUGAUUCUUUUUUUUUUUUUCUCCUUGUUUGUUUCCACUGAUGUAUUUUUCUUAUAUUCUUUUAUGGUUGAUUAUUUUGGCAAAUUAGCCAGCGGAGGUUGGCAAGAAGUUGAGAAUGGAAAUUUGCCAUGUUUAUUGGUAAAUCUUUAACCUGCAGUUUAAGUUUUAGC